AUGGAACAAACACAUCACAAUUCUUACUUUGAUUCCUCUCAGUGCAAUACAUGUUUCAACUCCAGUCAUGGCUCCAACUUCUUUGACCAGGACUACAAAAUGCUGAACAUACUACUUCGUGGAUCAGAGCCGGUCCAAAUCCGCACCUCCCCGGUUUUGUUCCUGGCCUUCAAUCUCCCAGCCAUGACUGAGGCGGAGUCCUUCGGUGCAAAACUGAUCACCAAUCUGGCUUUAUUUCUGAAAAUACCGGCGAACAAGAUUCGAAUCACCAACAUUGUCCGUGAGGGUACUAAUGCAAGGAGGAGGCGCUCGGCAGGACUGACGGUGCAGGUAGAGAUCAGGGAGCCCCCUGUUCAGACAUCCACCAACACCACCGCUGAAGGAGAUCAACAGUUUGAGGUCCUGAAGAACAUUGCUGAUGAUCUGGGCCGUGCUGCUGUCUCGGGCAAUCUGAGUCAGUCCAUCGGCUUCAAUGUGUCAUCCCUGGGGAUCAUCCCUUCUCCACCCUCUUCCAGUGACCCAUCCUGGAACAAUGUGGCCACUCAGGAGGUGACCCGUGAAGACCAGCAGGUGGAGACAGUCAAGACUGUAUCAUCCCUGAUGGUGGCGGUCCAGCCAGUGGCUGGAUCGUCACCCGGACCCCUCAGCGUGCAGCCCAGCAUCAUGGCUCUGGAUGCAGCGAUGAGAUUUCAUUAAGAAUAUCUGAUGCAAGUUUUCAGAUAGUUUUCAGGGGCCGGUUGC